AUGGAAACUCCUCAUCGACGGUAUUCGAUUUCUGAAGGACUUCAACAUGGAGUUCGAAGAAUUUCUGAAGGAUUUCUUCACAUGACAAAUGCAGAUAGAAUGCUUGACCUACAUGACAUUGGAAUGCACAAUGUGCAAUCUGAAUAUCAAUUGGUUUCGAAAUGGGAUGAAGCAGAAGAAGCACUGGGACCUCAGCAACGGAAGAAAUCAUUUGUGGAAAGAAAAGAAAAGAUUUCUUCAAAGUUUGCCCUAAUCAACUUAAUGAAGGGUAUGCUCGGUGCUGGUUGUUUCUCUGUUCCUCUCGCAUUCAAACAAUCUGGUUACGUGGCUGGACUUGUAAUCAUCUUGGUUUUGGGUUUCCUUUGUGCUUUAUGUAUGAUAAAACUUGUGAAAUGUGCUGGAUAUCUGUCUAAAAUAAAUCAAUCAGCUCCUCUGGAUUAUGGUAAUAUGGCAUACAAAGCAACGCAAGCAAGUUAUACACCUAUUCGAAAACUGGCUCCGGUUUCGCGAAUGCUAGUGAAUACCUCUCUUUGUGUGCUACAACUUGGGAUAUGUUGUUGUUUCUACAUUUUUGUAGUUUACCAUUUGCAUGAGCUUCUCGAAUUCUUCACACAUGACGUUCCAAGUCGUGCAACUCUAUUCCCAAUCGUUCUACCUGCAUUUAUUCUUCUCGUUUCCCUCUCCUCAAUGCGUGCUUUAUCUUUCGUUUCUCUCGGUGGAAACUUCCUCAUGUUGAUCGCUUUAGCUGUUAUUAUGUUUCAACUUCUGACGACAGAGCACAAAAAACUUGCUGAUCUUCCGCCAGUCACAGAUCUAGGCGGAGUUGUCAGUGCAGCCGGUGCAAUCCUUUAUGCGUUGGAGGGACAGGCAAUGGUACUUCCAUUGGAAAAUAGAAUGAAGAAACCAGAAGAUAUGAAGGGUUAG